AUGUCGGUUUCACAUACGCCCGUGAACUCCCCCCGUCGCAGUCGCGUGCUUGCAGCUUCUCCAACUAACUCCAGCAACAGGGCGAAACUCGUUAAUGAUCCCCAGAUCAAAUAUGCUUCGCUGCAUAACCCUCUCCCCUUUUAUCUGCACACUUAUGUCUGGCCGUUUUUGAUCAUCUGGCCCGCGUUCUUUGCCUUCUACCUUUCCCCCGAGCGCUACGACAAGUAUAUCCAGGGCCAGGAAUGGACAUUUGUGUGGUCGGGGACUAUCAUUACAUUCCAGUCCCUUUUGUGGUUGAUGACAAAAUGGAGUAUCAACAUCAACACGUUCUUCACCAUGACCAGGUCCAGAUCUGUCGACUCCGCCCAGCUGAUCAAGAUCAUCCCCGUCACUAACGCGGGCUCUGCUGAGAUCUGCCCCUUGAUUCAUGACAAUACCGGCGGGAAGGAGACCAUUUCGGUUCUGUUCCAGAAGCGUCGUUUUCUCUUCUAUCCGGAGUCUCGAUCCUUCGCCCCUCUGUCCUACGUGCUUGAUGCGGAACCCAAACCGGCCAUCAAGUAUUUCCAGCAGAGCCAUGGUUUGGUCUCCAAGGAGGAGAUUGACCGCGUGCAGCAUCACUACGGAGACAACAAGUUCGAUAUCCCUGUUCCCGGAUUCAUUGAGCUUUUUAAAGAGCAUGCGGUGGCGCCCUUCUUUGUCUUCCAGGUCUUCUGCGUCGGCCUGUGGAUGUUGGAUGAAUAUUGGUACUACUCGUUGUUCACGCUCUUUAUGCUUGUGGCGUUCGAGAGCACGGUUGUGUGGCAACGCCAAAGGACGUUGAGUGAGUUCCGUGGGAUGAAUAUCAAACCCUACGAUGUGUGGGUAUAUCGCGAGCGGAAAUGGCAGGAAAUCACCAGCGACAAGCUUCUCCCCGGCGAUCUCAUGUCUGUUAAUCGGACAAAGGAAGAUAGCGGUGUGGCUUGCGAUAUUCUCUUGAUUGAGGGCAGCGCGAUCGUCAAUGAGGCCAUGCUCUCGGGAGAAAGCACGCCAUUGUUGAAGGAUUCAAUACAGCUCAGACCUCACGAUGACCUUAUUGAACCAGAUGGAUUAGACAAGAAUUCUUUCGUCCAUGGUGGCACGAAGGUGCUGCAGAUUUCUCAUCCCAACACGAGUGCCGACACCGCUGAAAACCCGCAACAUGUUGCAUCUGAUAUUCCUGCUCCCCCCGACAAUGGCGCUCUGGGUGUCGUUGUGAAGACCGGAUUCGAGACCAGUCAAGGUAUCCUUGUGCGCACCAUGAUCUACUCCACCGAGCGUGUUUCUGCCAACAACGUCGAGGCGUUGCUUUUUAUCCUGUUCCUCCUGAUUUUCGCUCUCGCUGCCUCAUGGUAUGUGUGGCAAGAAGGUGUGUCGAAGGAUCGCAAGAGGUCUAAGUUGCUCCUUGACUGUGUCCUCAUCAUCACGAGUGUUGUUCCUCCCGAGCUUCCUAUGGAACUUAGUCUCGCUGUCAACACUAGCCUUGCUGCGCUCAGUAAAUUUGCAAUCUUCUGCACCGAGCCUUUCCGGAUUCCAUUUGCCGGACGUGUUGAUGUUGCCUGCUUUGACAAAACCGGUACGCUGACUGGAGAGGAUCUCGUUGUUGACGGUAUCGCCGGCCUCACGUUGGGUGUCAAAGGCGCCAAGGUCGAGCCCGAUGGCGCCCACACGGACAUUUCAAAGACAGACAGCAUCGGAGCCCAUACGGCUCUUGUACUUGCUAGUGCCCAUGCCUUGGUGAAAUUGGACGAAGGGGAAAUUGUGGGUGAUCCUAUGGAGAAAGCUACUCUGCAGUGGCUUGGCUGGGUCUUGGGAGAAGAUGACAUCCUUACGCGUAAGAAUGCUGUAGGAGGGUGGUCUUCUGUCGUUCCUGAGUCGGUUCAAAUUAAGAGGAGAUUCCAGUUCUCUUCCGCUCUGAAGCGCCAAAGCACUAUCGCAACGGUUGUCACCAGCGACCGCAGGACAUCUAGGAAAACGAGAAGCACUUUCGUGGGUGUCAAGGGUGCGCCUGAGACUAUCAGAACCAUGUUGGUCAACACGCCUCCAAACUACGAGGAGACGUUCAAGUUUUUUACACGAAACGGAGCUCGGGUUCUUGCACUUGCCUACAAAUACCUUUCUCCUGAAGCAGAACUUUCUCAGGGUCGCAUUAAUAACUAUGUCCGAGAAGAGAUCGAGUCGGAAUUAACAUUCGCUGGUUUCCUCAUUCUUCAGUGCCCUCUCAAGGAGGACGCUGUCAAGGCCGUCCGGAUGCUGAAUGAGAGCAGCCACCGUGUAGUCAUGAUCACCGGUGACAAUCCCUUGACUGCUAUCCAUGUAGCUCGCCAAGUGGAGAUUGUCGACCGCGAUGUUCUGAUUCUCGACGCUCCCGAAAAUGAUUUCUCUGGGACGAAGCUCGUUUGGCGGAGCAUUGACGACAAGUUCAACCGUGAAGUUGAUCCCAGCCAGCCUCUUGAUCCGGAGAUACUCAAGACCAAAGACAUUUGCAUCACCGGCUAUGCCUUGGCCAAGUUUAAGGGUCAAAAGGCCCUUCCGGAUCUUCUUCGCCAUACCUGGGUCUACGCUCGUGUUUCUCCGAAGCAAAAGGAAGAUAUUCUUCUAGGUCUCAAAGAUGCCGGCUACACCACGUUGAUGUGCGGCGAUGGCACUAAUGACGUCGGAGCAUUGAAGCAGGCUCACAUCGGCGUUGCGCUUUUAAAUGGUUCUCCGGAAGAUCUGGCCAAGAUCGCAGAGCAUUAUCGAAACACGAAGAUGAAGGAGAUCUAUGAAAAGCAGGUCGCCAUGAUGCAGCGAUUCAACCAGCCGGCCCCACCUGUUCCUGUCCUGAUUGCCCAUCUUUAUCCUCCUGGUCCAACUAAUCCACACUACCAGAAGGCCAUGGAAAGGGAGUUGCAGCGAAAGGGUGCCGCAAAUCAAGCUGGAGCUGAACCGAUUCCAACUAUCACUUCUCCCGGUGCUCAGGCGCUGCAGCAGCAGAAUCUGACGCCGAAGCAACAGCGGCAACAGCAAGCUUCUGUUGCGGCUGCUGGCCUUGCUGAUAGGCUCACCACAUCCAUGUUGGAGCAGGAACUUGACGACAGUGAACCUCCAACGAUCAAGCUCGGAGAUGCCUCAGUUGCUGCACCCUUCACAAGCAAACUGGCCAAUGUCAUUGCCAUCCCUAACAUCAUUCGCCAAGGCCGUUGCACGCUUGUGGCUACGAUCCAGAUGUAUAAGAUUCUUGCCCUGAACUGUUUGAUCACAGCCUACAGUCUGAGUGUCAUUUACUUGGAUGGAAUCAAGUUUGGAGAUGGACAGGUAACUAUCAGCGGCAUGUUGAUGAGUGUCUGCUUCCUCUCCAUUUCUCGUGCGAAGUCCGUGGAAGGUCUGUCGAAGGAGCGCCCGCAGCCUAACAUUUUCAACAUGUACAUCAUUGGCUCUGUCCUUGGACAGUUUGCGAUCCACAUUGCCACGUUGAUCUACCUGUCGAACUAUGUCUACUCCGUUGAACCACGUCAAAGCGACAUUGACCUUGAGGGCGAAUUCGAGCCAUCCCUUCUCAACAGUGCCAUUUAUCUCCUCCAGCUUAUUCAGCAGAUUUCUACCUUCUCUAUCAACUACCAGGGCCGUCCGUUCAGAGAGUCGAUCCGCGAGAACAAGGCCAUGUACUGGGGUCUCGUCGCUGCUUCGGGCGUCGCCUUCUCCUGCGCAACCGAAUUUAUUCCAGAGAUCAACGAGAAACUCCGCCUUGUGCCGUUCACUACCGAGUUCAAAGUCACGCUCACUGUUCUCAUGGUCGUUGACUAUGCUGGCUGCUGGGUCGUCGAGAAUGUACUGAAGGUUUUGUUCAGCGAUUUCCGACCUAAGGAUAUCGCUGUGCGCCGACCAGAUCAGCUACAGCGUGAGACGGAGCGGAAGAGUAAGGAGCUGCUAGAGUCCGGGGUUGAGAAGACACAGUAG